UUUCUACUCUUUGAAUGACAAACCCUAAAGGAAUACAAUAUAUGCAAAAAUAUCAGAAUAUUCAGUGUAUCUGUUCUCGUUUUCAGAGUGGUUGGAGGAACCUAACCAAUAUUUCAAAAGCCUCUUUAGCAGUUGGUAAACCACGUUAUAUUGACCCUCAAGGCAACGACACUACACAACCUUCAAACUUGGAACAAGUAAAAGCUUUUGCCAGUAGAAAGCCUUCUCCAGUUACACUAAAGCGUCUUUUUGAAUUCGGUUCUGAGCCCAGUCCUAAGAAACUACUUACAGCAGCUCAGUUAUUACACCGAGAGCUACCUUGUAGACUUGCUAGAAGAGUCAUUCAGUUGGCUUCUCUUCCUUAUGGUCUAUCAGAUAUGCCCUCAGUGAAAGUAGUAAAGGAUAUGUACGAACGCUCUUUCAUAGACAUGAUUCAGUUUCCAAAGCCUUUGGAUGAAGAAGAAGAACUGAUAUUUACUGAACUGAUUCGAAAGAUAAGACAAAGACAUGAUAAUGUGGUCAAACUGAUUGCAAAAGGUAUUCUGGAGCUCAAGCGAUAUUGUGGAAAAGGAACAGAAGAUAUUUCUAUUCAUGAUUUUUUGGACCGUUUUUAUAUGUCUCGUAUUGGAAUUCGAUUUCUUAUUAGUCAACAUAUUGCAAUGCAUGAGCCUCGAGAAGGUUAUGUCGGCGUGAUAAAUGCACGUUGUCGUCCAGCUGAUGUGGCGGAAGAUGCAGCCAAUGUGGCAAAAAGUAUUGCAUAUCGACAUUAUGGUGAAGCACCGGAUAUUCAGCUACUUGGAAAUAUUUCUCUUUCGUUCCCUUAUAUUGAAGGUCAUUUGCAUCACAUGUUUUUUGAGUUGUUGAAGAACUCGCUUAGAGCAACUAUCGAAUAUCAUCGAGACUCGGAUAUUUUUCCUCCAGUGAAGAUUAUUAUAGCAGACGGUCAAGAAGAUGUCACAGUAAAGAUUUCUGAUGAAGGCGGUGGAAUUCCGCGUUCUGCUAUGAAUAAGAUAUGGACUUAUAUGUUUACGACUGUUGAUAUUCCACCAGAGCAAGUUUUAGAAGCAACGGAAGGAGGAGCAUAUAAAGGUCCGGAUGCUGACCCUAUUGCAGGAUUGGGUUAUGGACUUCCUCUUUCUAGAUUAUAUGCCAGAUACUUUGGUGGAGAAUUAAGUGUUAUGAGUAUGGAAGGAUAUGGAACAGAUGCGUAUUUACACAUCUGUAAACUGGGCGAUAAAGAAGAGUCUUUGGUUUGAUGGAAAGCAUUUCUACAUUUGAUAUUUCUUUCCCAUUCAUUAAUUAAGCAUUGUGUGAUUAUUAAUAUUAUUUGCUCUUUGAAGAGAAGAUCGACAAUUG